CGUUGCACGGUGUACAUACAGUAACAGUGAAUAGUAAUGCCACUAAUUCUUAUCCGCUUAUGUUACUUCAGAUAGCUCUUCAAACCAAGAGGAGUGGCUUCUGGCUUGUUUAAGCGAGGAAAACGUGCAGGAGCUAGGAUGGUUAUUGUCACUUAUCCUUCUAAAUAUACCAAAUAUCAUCUCAAUAGAAGAACUUGUAUCGAAACUGCUUCUUUUCAAGGAUGGACCCGAUCUGCUUACACAGGCUGCUGCGAAUAUCUCGGAGCUUUACCUACCUUUGUUAUCACACUUGCUCGAAAUGGCACCAUCCGAUCAAGUCAUCUCUGGUGCACGUCUUGCAACGAUCACGAACUUGGUCGCUCUUAAUCCUCCUCUCUCUCACUCUGUCCUCAACCGAAUGGCAGAAACUCGCAAGGAUUGCAUGUUUGCUACGCGGGUGGUUUGUGAGCGACUUGAUGAUAAGGCUGUUUGCAACUUUCUUCGAGUACAUCUGUUGGAUAAAAAAGGAUUGAUUUCCUCAUUGAUUGGGAAGAGCGCUGCAAAACAUACUGCAGCAGUUGUCUUGAAUCGCUUGUUGACUAUGAUUGGAGCUGCUGUGGCUGCGCAAUCUACUGAACCUUUGACUGAAAUGUUGCUCUCCAUGAUCUGCUUGUACCAUCGUUGUGGACUUAAGUUGCCGCCAUCAGAUCUUACCCUCAUAACUACCUUCAUAUGUCGUGAACGCAUAGAAUGUGAUGGACAUCUCACUGCUGCAUUGGCUGCUCUAAUUGCUACACCUACUCUAACCUUGUAA